CCCGGAGCAGCCGGUCCACGUGGUCCUCCUGGUUCACAAGGCAAGGCUGGACCUCGUGGAAAGGAUGGUAUGCCUGGCACUCCUGGUCGUGCUGGUCCUGCUGGACAGCCUGGUGCACCCGGAAUGAGAGGGAACGACGGCCAACCAGGUACGCCAGGAAUGCGUGGACGUCCUGGCAAGGACGCCGCUUACUGCCCUUGCCCUACUCGCAGUUCGUUUGUCUCGCGUCCGGCGGCGGCGGCGUAUGAACGACCAUCAGCUCCUGCCGUAAGCGCACCAGCAGCUGCUGGUUAUGGGAAGAAGGCAGCGAAGAGAAUCAAGAAAAAGGUGAAGAAGACGUAA